AUGCUUGAUAGGAGUUUGGUGUCUUAUACCACCAUGCUUACAUGCUACACGAAACACGGGAUGCUCCCGGAGGUGAGGGUGUUGUUUGAAAGGAUGGGGGUGAAGGAUGUGGUGUGUUGGAACGUGAUGAUUGAUGGGUGGGUUCAUUCGUAUGUUGAGAAUAAUGGCGUUGGGGUUAACGUUCGAGUGGGUACUGCAUUGGCUGAUAUGUAUUGUAAAUGUGGGAGUUUGGAUAAUGCGCGCAAGGUGUUUGAUGUAAUGGAGGGAAAGGAUGUGGUGGCUUGGAACUCUAUGAUUAUAGGGUAUGGCAUACAUGGGUUUGGAGAUGAGGCCUUGCAGUUGUUUCAUGAUAUGUGUUAUGUUGAGGUUAAACCCUCUGAUAUUACCUUUGUUGCAGCCUUGACUACAUGUGUGCAUGCUGGUUUGGUGAGCAAAUGA